UUUUAAAAAUAAAUUUCUUUUGAUUUUGAUUAAGAUUUUUUUUAUUGUUAUUGUCUUGGAUUUUAAUUAUUUUCUGCUUUUUUUGUCGUUGUGAUUUAAUUGUUGUUUGUUGUUUGUUGUUGUUGUGGUCUUAUCACUCAUCUACCCUGAGGAAAUAAAAUGGCAGGACGAGGUCCAGCUGGAGGUGAUACCCAAGAUAAGUUAACUCGUAUCGCUAUUGUCAAUAAUGAUAAAUGUAAACCUAAACGAUGUAAGCAAGAAUGUAAGAAAAGUUGUCCAGUUGUCCGAAUGGGUAAACUUUGUAUUGAGGUUACACCUAAUGAUAAGAUUGCCAAAAUAAGUGAAGAGCUUUGUAUUGGUUGUGGUAUUUGUGUGAAAAAAUGUCCAUUUGAGGCGAUUCACAUUAUCAAUCUUCCAAGUAAUCUGGAAAAGGCGACUACUCAUCGGUAUGGACAAAAUUCAUUUAAACUUCACCGACUUCCAAUUCCUCGACCUGCUGAAAUUUUAGGUCUUGUAGGUACUAAUGGUAUUGGUAAAUCAACAGCUCUUAAAAUUUUAGCUGGUAAACUUAAGCCCAAUUUAGGUCGAUGGGGAACUGAUCCACCAGAUUGGAGUGAAAUUUUGACUUAUUUCCGAGGAUCUGAGCUUCAAAAUUAUUUCACCAAAAUUUUAGAAGAUGAAUUGAAAGCUAUAGUUAAACCUCAAUAUGUUGAUCAGAUACCUAAAGCUGUUAAAGGUACAGUUCAACAUCAUUUAACCAAAAAGGAUGAGAUGAAAAACCAAGACGAAGUUUGCCUUAUGUUGGAUAUUAAUGAUGUUAUACGAAGCAGAAAUGUAGAAGAUCUUAGUGGUGGUGAACUUCAGAGAUUUGCGAUCGCCAUGGUGUGUAUUCAAAGAGCAAACAUUUACAUGUUCGAUGAACCCUCAUCUUACCUUGAUGUUAAACAACGUUUGAAAGCUGCUGAAGCCAUUAGAUAUCUGAUUGCUGCUGAUCGAUUCAUAAUUGUAGUUGAACACGAUCUUGCGGUUCUUGAUUAUCUAUCAGAUUUCAUCUGUUGUUUAUAUGGUGUUCCUGGUGCUUAUGGAGUGGUAACUAUGCCUUUCUCAGUUCGUGAAGGAAUCAACAUCUUUCUCGAUGGUUUUGUCCCAACUGAGAAUCUUCGUUUCCGAGAUACUUCUCUUGUCUUUAAAGUCUCCGAGACAGCAGCCGAAGAGGAGGUUAGACGAAUGUGUCGCUACGAGUAUCCAACGAUGGUGAAAAGGAUGGGUGAUCAAUUCGAAUUGAAUGUAACCACUGGUACUUUCACCGACUCCGAAAUUAUAGUAUUACUAGGAGAAAAUGGAACAGGUAAAACUACCUUUAUUCGUCUCCUUGCCGGUCGUUUUCCUCCUGAUGAGGGAGCCGCUGAUGUGCCAACUCUUAACAUUAGUUAUAAACCUCAAAAGAUUAGCCCUAAAUCUCAAGGAACGGUCAAGAAUUUACUCUUUGAAAAAAUUCGUGAAGCUUAUUGCCAUCCCCAAUUCCAAGCCGAAGUGGUUAAACCUCUCAACAUCGACGCUCUACUUGAUCAAGAAGUUGUUAAUCUCUCUGGUGGUGAAGCUCAACGUGUCGCUUUAGUCCUUUGUCUUGGUAAACCCGCCGAUGUUUAUCUAAUCGAUGAACCACUCGUUUAA